AUCAAGACUGUCAAUGGUGAGGUGGCAUCGAAAGGAGGGACGGAAGAAGGGAAUCGCGUGGAGGAUGGUGGCGCUGAUGGCGCUGAUGGUGAGGCAAUGGCACCAGGAGCCGGAGGAGGAGGGCUGAUCAUUCACGAUGAUGACGACUGAGGUGUUUGCUUUCAGCACGCUGGAGGAGCAUAUCGGACCUUCGAAUGUCCUUAUAGCUCUUCUUGCUAAGCAUUGGCGUUUGGGAUAUAUCUUUCUAUCGGCGACUUGACACGCGCCGGAGCUAUGGCGGCUUGGAUACCACAGACACGAUAGCUAUGGAACGGCCACUGCGGAUCCUGUCUUGCCCUGGGCAGCGUUGUGAUACGGUCCGGAAUGUACAGUACAUAGAAAUUCUAGAGCUGGUACAGUGCAUGAGUGGACCAAAAAGGUCUGAUCCGUAAGCGUGGACGAUACCGCACUGUAGAGGAUCAUACAAUUCGCCCAAAAUCCUUACACCACAUCUUAAUACUGUCCCUCUUGUAUCACUUUCUGCUGAGGUUCCACCCUUAAAUUUUAUCAACUGGGGACCGAGCGAUAAGCAUUGAUUGUAAUAAUAGGGUUAGGUUUAUCAGGCAAUUAACGCGUCUCCGGGAACGGCGUGAGUGACACGCUUCACGUCCCCCAGAGCUUGACAACGGCGCUUUCGCACCAAAAUAUCAAAGGCUACACCCAAGUUCUAUGUACAAUCAUGUCUGAUCCAAAUUCACCAAAAGAGGACAUUGCUCUUCCAGACGCCCCAGCUACUCCCCAAGAAUUUCAAGAUGCAGACUUUGAUUCAGCCUCAGACUCGGACUCCCCAGCUGGCAAAAUAGAUGUGAAGACAGAGCCACAGACCGAUCCUCCAGAACCAGCUUCCCCUGCGAAGAUCGAGAUUAAGAAGGAGGAAGGUGGGGACUUGGAUAAUAUAUUCAAAGACGAGGAAGAAGAGGACUUUUUCGGCGACGACGACGAUGCGGACUUCUUAGCGUCGGAGGUUGGGGCAGUUUCAAUAGCGCCCGGAAGUGGACCUUCAGACCCACAGGUCAUCCUAACAUUCUAUCAACGCCUAUUCCCGUUUCGUCCCCUCUUCCAAUGGCUCAAUCACUCCCCGAUUCCGUGCCAUGACUUUGGACACCGUGAAUUCGCAUUUACUCUGCAGAACUCAGCAUAUUUGCGAUAUCAAUCAUUUCCUACUAUGGAAUUACUCCGAAAAGAAAUUCUCCGCCUCAAUCCCUCCCGUUUCGAAAUCGGUCCGAUAUACAGCGCCAAUCCACGAGACCGCAAGACACUGCACAAGAGCGCCUUCCACCCGCUGAGCAAGGAGCUCGUCUUCGAUAUAGAUUUGACGGAUUAUGACGAGAUCCGUACCUGCUGUGAUAAGGCCAACAUCUGUAACUUAUGCUGGAACUUCAUUACUGUUGCUAUAAAGGUGAUGAACGCAGCGCUGAGAGAUGAUCUUGGGUUUAAGCAUGUGCUGUGGGUGUACUCGGGGAGAAGAGGAGCCCAUGCCUGGAUCUGUGAUAAACGUGCGAGGUCGCUGGAUGACGCUAAGAGAAGGGCUAUAGUGAAUUACUUGGGACUAGUGAAGGGUGGCGGACAGGCGGGAAAGAAGGUUAACAUCUGGAGGCCUUUGCACCCGCAUAUUUCUCGCAGUCUAAACCUCCUAAAGGAUCGUUUCGAAAACGACAUCCUCCGCGAACAAGACCCCUGGCGCGACAACGAGAGAGCCGAAAAACUACUCCAGCUGCUCCCAGAUAAAACCCUCAACGACGCCCUCCGCAAAAAAUGGGACAACCAUCCCAGCCGUCCCAGCCUCAACAAAUGGGCCGACGUCUACGACGUAGCCAAAACCGGCGUAUCCGAAGGAUUAAACCCCGCCCGUCUGAAAGAGAGCAGGGAGGAGGUAGUCCUCGAGUACAUGUACCCACGGCUCGACGCUGAAGUCUCCAAGCACCUCAACCAUCUGCUCAAGAGCCCGUUCUGCGUGCAUCCCCAGACUGGGAGGGUUUGUGUGCCCAUUGACGAAAGGGAUUUGGGGGCUUUCGACCCCAUGGCUGCGCCGACCGUUCUGGGAUUGUUAGGGGAGAUUGAUGCUUGGGAUAAGGCGCAUAAAAGGGAGGAGAAGGUUGAUGAUUAUGAGAAGACUUCGUUGAAGCCGUAUGUCGAUUACUUCAAGACCUUUGUGAAUGGCCUUCUUCGGGACGAAGCGGGAGUAAAGCGAGAGAGAGAAGGGAAUAGUGGAAAUUCAAUGGAGUUCUAA